GGCCGUCGGAUCUUGUGCACAUCCGUGAAUCAGUCUCUCUUCUUUCUCUAUUUUCGAAAGCUGGUUUUCCUCAGCGCCUUGAAAAAUCAGUCCGAUGGAUAGUUAGAAAUACGUUAUGUCUGGUGGUGGCUCAAAAAACCCUUCCACUCGUCUUUUACCUCCGAUAAAAAAUCCUCUUUUUAAUCCGAAUGAAGAUCCAGAAGAAGUUAGGGUUACAUCCGUGGUGAGUUGUUUGUGUCAUUUUCGGUGUAUUUCUAUGUUCACGGCCUGCUGACCAUAAGUGUAUCUGUCUUGCAGAAUAGUCAUCCAGAACGAUCUCGUCCCGGGAGAAGGUUGGGUGGUUUGGGGAAUCUUUUCAGUUCACGACAUCGAAACUCUGGCUCUCCGAGCAAGGCGCGCGAAGAGAUCGAAGGAUGUCGCGAGGAUGCUAACGAAAACUUGAAAACGCUUUCUCCAAGUAGCAGUAGGCCUGUCUCGAAGGAGUCAGAAAGAUUAAAUAAGGGAAAGACUAUAGCAGUAGAGGCAACAAAAUCGGACACGGGGUCAGGGAAUGUGAAAACGGUGAACUCAAGGGUGCCUAAUUCAUCACGCUUCGCCCGUAACCUCAGCAACCCAACGGAAGCUGUUAACGACACUAACUCCGAUUCUAAUUUGCCACUUGAUAACGAAAAACAUAUACCUGUUUCAUCUUCAAAGCAGAAUUCAAAGUCUGAGAUUACCGAAAAGAGGAGACCUGCACUUCUGCAUAGAGACAAAGAAAAGCGAUUACUGGUGAAUCAACAUUGCAAUGAUGACUGCAAGAUUAAGUCAGCGAAUUCUCGUCAUGAAAGACUUCAUGCAACUUCCUCUUCGGACACUGAAGUGGUCUCUCGUCGUGAGAUCCGUUCACGAAGAGAGGAGAAAAAGCCUGAAAGGAUAAAAUAUCACGAUGCCUUGUCGCUAAGGUAAAUGAAAUUAUGUUUUGGUUGUGUUGUAUAUGAUAUGAUGUCAUGCGUGCAUCGCGAUAUUACACGCAUUAGAGCACCAUGAACAGUAAAUUUCACCAGCUUCACUAGUCACAGAGUAGCAGGUCUGAAAUAUUCGUUUGACGCGUGUUAUAAACCCGAAAAACCGAAUCUUUCGACACUUUCUAUCUCGAACAUCUUGUUUUUGUGAUCAUGUGGGUGGUCUGGAAAACAAUACGAGAAAUUAAAAAAGUUUUGAGUGACAUAACAAUUUCCCCACUUCCAUUGCAUGCAAAGCUGUUGGUAAUUGGGAUUUUCCAAUUUCCCAUUUUUUUUCUCCAGUAUGAAGUGCAUUGUAGUUGUACAGUUUAUGGCUGUAAAGUUUAGGUAAAACUAUGUUUCAAAGCUUCACUAUUUUGUGCCCCUGACUGAAACAUGAAUCUGACCCGUUGUGAGUGGUAUAAUAAGAAAGAAAACUGUGGUCUUACAUUACUACUUUUGUUAUGUAGUUACUGGCAGUGUGGCGUAUAUUAUUGAUAUAAGUAUUAAUUUAAAAUCUUCUGUGGAAACUAAAUAUGCUAAACUUGCUGAAUUCAAUUGAAUUCUGUCAAACAAAUGACACAGAAGAAUCAUCAGGAGUACCCAAAUUUAGGUUACUUGAUUUAGAAUGCUUAGUAACUAUUUAUUUCUUAAGUUUUGUGACAUUUAAGAACACCAAAUGUAGGUGGUGAAGUUGUACCAUUGGCUGCACAGUUGGUUUCUCUCUUCAGAGAACUAUUUUUCAUGGGUCAGGAUAUAUUACUAACCCCUUGAUAAGAUUACCAGGUCCCUCUUAAGGAAAAGAAGAGUUGUCUAACUUGAAAAAUACAUGUGUGAGGAGAGUGGGCAAUAAAUUAUUAAUCGAUUUCUUUUAUUUAGAAUGUUUUAACCUCUUUACUUCAAAAAUGUCACUCCAGUAAGGCCUGAGAUGGAGGUGUUCAAUCCAACGAUUUAAUUUCAUACUGUAUAUUUAUCUUUAUUUUACCUGUCUGCUUGAUCGUGGCAGUUUCCCAAUAUUGUCUGAAUAACUUACUUGUUUGUCAAUGUAGGGAUGAAGGGUUAAAAUUUGAGUAUAAUUGUAUCAAUUCCAAAACAAGCACUUUCUCUGAAUAGGAAUAGUAAAAUUCUGAGGCUGUUGACAGAUGAUGGCGAUAAUUUCAAAUUUCUUUCCUCUGGCUGUAAUCCAAAAACACUGCCUUAAAUCAUGUUUCUUAAACCAUAGAUUUUUUUAAAAUUACAACUAAUUGAUCACAAACUAUUUCCAAAUGUUAGAAAAUAGAAUAAAAAGAUAUUGUCCAUUAAUGAUGUACUUAAUCGAGGGAACUAUUCAAGAUGUGAGGUAAUUUUCUGUGUGCAUAAUUGGGAGAUACUUCCAAGACUUGGAUCAAAACAGGAUGUACUUAAGUGAUGAUUUUUUUUCUUUUUUUUUCCUAUUUUUUUUUUUCUUUCAGGAAUGACAUGAGGACAGCCUUGGCAACUGGAGACUAUCAAACUCUUCUAGAAUUUUUGACAACAACGUUUGAUUCUUUCUCUGAGAUGAAUGAAGUCUUCAAGGUGUGAUUUAAUGAAGCUAGUGAACUUUGAUGUUAUGUCCCCUUCAAAGUGGUUACACAUAGUGCAAUUAUAAUAUCUAAACAUAUCCUGUUUUGUUUAUUUUUCAUUGAAGCGAAAAGAUGAGUAUAACUCUGAAGAAUUCUCUGAAAGUGGUAUUGAUCACGACUUUGUCAGGAUAGCAUAUGAAAUUGUUCUUACCCUGGUAAUUUAUGAAUAUUUAUUUGAUCUAAAUAAUUAUAUUUUUGCGUGAAUUUCAUUCUUUUUAAUUUUUUAGAAGUAGGUACAAUUUCAGACAAGAAAAUGUGGUGGAUUUUGUUCAAAACACAACUGUACUUGUACAAUGUACUUUUUAAAAUCACAUAUAUUUUUACAUUUUAGCCUCAAGAGGUGCACAAGAAUGUUCUCAAGUCUGUGGUGAACAGCCUGUUACAAGAAAUCAAAAGGUAACACAUGCAUAGUUUUUUGUUAUAAUGGAGUAGUGUUAAGGAUUUUGAGGUAGCCAAUUUGGAGAGAGGUUUAGUGUAGUGGGAUCCACACUCCCAGACAUGAUCAGCUGGAACACCUCUCCAAACAACUUUUGUAAUGUUCUUCACCUGCCUUCCCUUCUAAUGUUGUUAAUUGCCAAUGUGUUCAUGCCAUCUUGCAGAUCAACAUUGAGUGGGAUAAGGUGGGGUGGGGGAGGGAGGUAGGAAUUAAGAAUCCCAAUAUAUGUGUCAGGGAAUGUGGGUUUACAUGUAAUUAUACCCAGCCUUGCCUUAGAAAAUGUUAGAAGUUUAGACUAUGGGUAUUGUGCCCAGUGACAAACCAGUUACUUUUAGUUGGAGAAGGGGAUGAAAAUUUAUAAGAAACAAACCCUUUUUAGGUUGUUUGGCUGUUAAUUGAUUCUGAUCACUACAAGGUGCAAAGAAAGUCUGUUUUACAGCUUGCCCUUUGGAUGAGCUGUACCUUACAUCUACUAGCCCGAAAGUAAUUUGUACUGGCCUGAAAAAAUUUUUUCAAAAGCAGAAAAAAAAAAGAGCUGUUUUUCUCUCGGUGCUGCCACAGUGUAUAAUUUUUUCUAAGUCCACCAUUUGCAACAUGUGAAUGAUUAACAUGCAUUUUAGACAUUUUAGAAUUUAGAAACACAUUUUUUUUGACAGAAAAAAACAGGAUUGAAACUUUGAAACCAACUUUCUCAAGGGACACACUAAACAACAAUGUGGACUAUAUGAAAAGCUGCCUGUGAGAGCACUUCAUUCUCCAAUUUGCUGCCGAAAAAAUUUUCCUGCCAGAGUAUCUCUUAGCAGCUGACAGGAGAGAUAUUUAAACUAUUAAAGGGAAUGAAAAUUUGAUAGCUUUCACCAGUUUGCUUCUCAUUCAAAAGUAGUGCAUUCUGAAGAUCAUUUUUCUGAAGAAGGUUUGUUUGAGAGUCGGUUUUCCAAGUCAAGUUUCAGUGAACAAAUUAUGCAAACAAAAAUUAUGGAAAUUUGUGGUUCAUCAUGUUACAAGUAACCAAAGGCUUUUUACGUUUCAAAAACACAAAAAUGUUCAUUUCAUUUCUAGCAACUUUUUAUCUGAAAGAUUUACAGGUAAAAACAAUAUGAUGUGGUCUAUAUAUUUUAAUCAAAAAACACCUGGAAUAUUGCUGUUUAGAAUUUACCAUAUUGAAAUGCACGUGACCAAUAUUUGCUAAAACCAUAAUAAAUUUCUCACUGGAAUUCAGGAUCAAAAUCUUUUGUUUACGUUCCUCACAAAUGAUUAUGAAGCAAAAUUUAGACAAAUAGCUUUCUCUGGAUUAGUAAGAAUUAUUAACAUUUACCUCCCAAGUUUUUUUCAAUAUUUGCUUUUACUUUAUGAAUGGGAUCUCUAUAUGUCUCGUCUGACAUGUAAUGUUAUACUUUGUCUUGUUAUGCAGAUUUCACCUCGUCGGAGCGACUUUCGGUCUGCAUGAAUUUAUUAGGAAUUUAAAAUAUUUAUCUAUCAGUACUUCAGAUCUGUAAUUUUAAUUCUCCGAAAAAUGUUCACUUGCCCUUUGGGCAAGUUAUGCACAGAAUUCACUAGCCUGAUUGUAAAAUCCAUUAGCCCUGGGCUAUCAGACACAACUUUCUUUGCAUGCUGUGCUGAUACAUGUAUUUAUUAACUUGAAUGUACAUGCAAUCUUUUCUUUUUUGUUCUUGUAAACAUUGGACAUUUCCAAAAUUUUUCAUUCUCCCUCUAAGAAUGUUAUGUUGAGUCACUAGCUGCACUCUUUGCAAUUUGUUGAAUAACAAAACACCAUGUUGUCUGGAUCAUUUUGUGUUACUCUUGUCGUAGUGAACAUUAUUCUUAUAAGGGUACAGUAACUGCAGCUGCCAUGGUUCACUCAAUAUAAUGUAAAACCUUUUUAUUUGCUUUUCAUAGGCAAAGAACAAAGGAUGAUCUUAGGGCAUUCACAAUCCUUCUGCAGGUAAUUAAUGAACUGUUUUUGCAAUACACACAAGAGUACAUUUUUUUCAUUUUCAGAAAUAUGAAAGUAAACACAAGUAGAGGUUACAAGCAUUUCUUUUGAUUAUUGGCUGCCUAAAAAAUAUUACACUAGAAUGCCUUGUGAUAAUACAAUAAAUUGAACUUGGACUGUAGACUGGGUUCAAUGUAAUACCCCCUACCGAUUUAGCCUCACAGUUUCUUAAAAAAGGUAACCCCUUAAUAAAUAAUUCACUCUCAGGUUUUCAUGUUACCAUGUUCCCAACAAUAGCACUGUCACAGUGUGGUUCUAUUUCUUUGUAAGUAAACCAUACUCAACCCACAAUUCCUCUAAUAAUUCUGGAAAAGGGCUUACACUUGAAAUGCCACACUUUCUUUAGAAACUUACCCCCCUAAUAUUAAUUGUCUGUAGUAACUGUCUGCUUAAUUUCAGAAUCCUCAGUUUGACAAGUCAUCAACAUAUGUAAUCUUUGCUUAUCUUCUGCGGCAAGUGUCAUCUCUCACAGAUGGAGAGCAUCAGUACCUUGUUCACUGGUUCAGAAGGUGAUUAAAUUUAUGUCAUGAGAAUAAUGCAUAAAUUGUGUCAGUCUUUGAUCCUAAGGGAGGGUGGGAAAGUGUUGUGGGUUCUGUGACAUGCAAAAUUUUUAAAGUAUACUUACUUUUCCUUUGUUAAACAAAAAACCUUUUAGUUUUGACAGUGCAUCAUCCACUACAAACAAACGAACAUGACGACCCUACGCUAAGGACGCCAUGUUGAUUUCGAAAGUAAUUGUCACCAAUCCUCCCUCCUCUGAAGUCAAAGUAAAAACCUGCAAACUGUAUCACUUUUUCUUUAAAAGAAGAAAAGACCUAUUUACAAAAUUUAUGUGUAAAUAUAUAAAAUUCAAGUUCACGGCUAUGUUACCCGACAAAUCAUGCAAAUUUUAACUCGCUACUUGGUCAAGACUCAUAGAAAUUUAGCCCUUUCCUGCAUUCAUUUAAGUUAUAGUACAUCUAAAUUUCUUUGUUUGUUUUGAUCUUAAGCUUGUAUGAUUACUUAUCGAGCGGCUAGCAUAUAAUCUUUGAAUUACUUUGAAUUCUUAAAACUUUCGUGAAAUCAUUUGUUUACAUCACGGUCGCUAUGACGCUUAUCGAUGGAUACUGAACUCUCCAUCGCCUAGGUAAUUGUUAUUAGAAUAAUUUGAAAGGUUACUACUUGAUAGAUGUAUUAAACUUCUCGAUCUUUAACAUGAUUACAGAUCAAACUUGUCUUUCUACAAGUUGUCAAAUCACAACACUUGCACGUGCUGACAUUUGAUGUGAAUCACUCUCUGACUAUCGAGUUAUUAACUGUUUUUGAUGUACGUAAAGAAAUCGAUAAAACAUGCUAUUUGAAGGCAAUCGAAAAAGGAGGGAAGACUGGUGACAAUACUUUCGAAAUCAAUAUGGUGUCCUUAGCGUGGGUCGUCAUGUUUGCAUGUUAACUUUGUAGUGGACGAUACUGUCAAAACUAAAAGGUUUUUCGUUCGACAAAGAAAACGUUACAGAAGUAGUCGUUCAAAUAGGGAGUUCUUUACAUUUUCAUGGAGAGAGAGAUUUGUACCUUUCCUUUCUCCAAGAAAGAAUAGUGAUCAUGUUCAUGAGCAUUUUGAUCUAGUUGAAGUUAUUAUGUAAAUAAAUGUCUACAUUCUCGCCGUUGGAUCAUGUGAAGGUGAAAUGUCUCAUCAGUAUCAAUCAGUAUACCUUUUAUAUUGAUGUUUCUCACUUAUGAUUAUUGUGCGAAAUCACCACUAAGAAUUGUGCGAACGGUCCAAAACUUGUGCUAAGAGACUUGUGCGAAAAGUCUUUUGUGCGAAAUGACCGGUUACCAAAGCUAGCUAUUUUUUCUUCUUCUUAGAGUACAUGUAUAUAUACAAUGUACUUACUGUUAGUUAACAGAAGUGUAUUCUCUUUGACCUUUUCUAGAUUACCUGUUAAUUCCUUUAAAGCCAUUGUAACAAGAGUAGAGCAGGUAAUUUCUAUUUGUAUACAGGUAACAUCUGAAAAGGUUUUGGUGUAUAUUCUUAAAAUGAAUUACAGUUCAUGUUUUACAAAACUUGAGUACAGAAAGGAUAAAGAUUCUUUUAAGCUCUAAGUGAAUAAGCUAAUUUACUUGCUACAGUAAAAGCAGGAAAAUAGAGCAGUCUUUGUGUUGUGGUCUCUCAAAGUAAAGUGGUUUUAACAAGUGCACAACAUAAAUUUUUAUAAACGCUGUGUGAUGGACUAUGGGCUUAUCCAUUUAAACAUUAAUGUUCAGUAGUUGCUUCAUUGUACAUGCCCUGGUUGAGGUUUCUAUGGUGUUUACAUAAUAUGGCUGUUUGGCCUGUUCUUAACAUCCUCCUGCCAUGAAAAGCAUUACAAUCCAUACAAAGAUAUUUUCUAGGUGAUAAAUUAUAUUUAUUAAAAUGUUACAUUUUAAUUAAAACUUUGCAUCUACUUAAAAUUUAGUUGCACUUUUGACAGGAGUAAACCAAAUCAAUAUCCACUGUAAAUGCUUUUUUUUUAAACUGGUUUUAGGGAAACAUUCUGUAACCAAGUAAUAAGUUCUUAGAAGCCAGCAGUCACUUAUUUAAACUUGUUCAUUCAAGUUCUCUCAACAAGUUUUGUCUCUCUGUAAAGUUUAUCAGUGUUCGUCUCAUUCCAACCAAAACCAAUGAGCUACCGCCUGAUGAAAAAUGCACCUGGUGGAUUCCUUCUGCUGUUAAAGUUCUAGCACUUUUGAGUAUGGUUGAGUUCAUUUUCUUGAUGAAUAAUUUUAUGUUAAUCUCCUUAUGAAUAAUUUAAAGUUAAUUUUCCUCAUGAAUAAUUUUGAGCAUUAAAUAUUCAUCGCCUACUCUAAGUACCAUUACAUAACAUGGUAGAGAAUUUGGAAUUUAAAAAAAAAUUAAGUUUCAUGAUCUAAAUAGCCUUUUGUGAAUUUCUGUGGAAAGCUAUACUAUAGAUGCUAUAUUUAAACUGACCUUUUUAUUCCUGACCAUUGUAAUGUGUUAUUGUUUAGUAUUUAGUUAUAUCAGGCUGGCAUAAACUUGAAUCUUGUUAUUUAUACGUGUAGCUGAUAAAGUUCUCACUCAGUAAUGUCAUAAAUUCUGAACUGAGCAAGAUUGAUACAACAUAUAAUUGAACAUGGAUUUAUUUUCAAGUAUUAAGUAAGCUUCAUCAUGGCACAGCUGUGAGAAUAAAAGAUAGAGUGAAAUUCCAAUGAAGGAUGCAAGAUUUGCCUCCUCAAAACUCAAACACGUACUCAGAACUCAAAUAUUUAAAUAUAUGAUAGAACAUUUGAAAACGAUAACAUUGGGUUAAAAAAAAAAAAAAACAGUAACUGAGUACAUCACGAUAAACUAUUCUUCACCUUCUGUCCAUUGAGGCAUUGUGCAUUGAACCUUUGAUUUUAAUCUCUUUGUGGAUUAUGUAAUUUUUAAAUUUUGUUGUUGUUAUUGCUGUUAUCAGAUGCCUCUAACUGGCUGUUCACUCCUCCUGUUGUCAACCACAGUUUUUUCUACAAUCACUCACUAGAUCAUAUUGAUCUGAUGGCUGAGUAUUAUUCGUGGCAGAAUCCCACAGCUAAUCCUGGGUUAGUAUAAGUUCAAUAUUGAUUUCAGUUCAAGUUCAAAUUUGUUACUUGUAAGUAACUUAUAGACUGCACUAUUCCCUACCCACAAAAUAGCGUUGUAGCUAAUUGAGGCAAGAGGGAAAAAGGGAAUUUUAAAGUAUUACAAUUACAAGCUAUCAGGCUGAAGCUACUUAAGAGUACAUAUGCAUGGAAUAUUACUAUUACAUACAUGUGCAAUGUUAAAGUUUUAAUAGAGCAAUUACAUACGAAUACCAAAUGGUAAAAUUUGAAAAUAAAAUUUGAAAUAAGUUAAUUAGACAUUUCAGUUUACAAAUUGCAUAAAUAGAGAAAAAAAAUUAGGCAAUUUUGGGUCAAAGUUGGUGGUGAUCAGGAAAGUUUGUAAUAACUACUGAACUUAUAUAUGGUAUAUGAUGAGGAGUUCUUUGUAGCCCAGUUGAUAUCGGAGUGAAUCAUAAAAUCAGAACCACUUAUAACUAGUUCCUCUUCCUAAGUGGCUACUCAGAUUUUCUCUGUUCUAUACUUGUCACAAAUGAUGGUAAUACUUAUUUAAUUUUCCUUUUUGGUUUUAGAAAAUUCUCCUUUUGCCAGUACCCUUUCAUUCUUAGCCUGGCAGCCAAACGUUAUAUUAUGCAGAAGGACUCAGAGUCACAAAUGCUUGUCAUGGCAAGGGUAAGAACAACCUUUUGACAUGCAGAUGAAUCUGUGAUCAUUUAAAUAAACAAAUAUAUGUUUCAUUGUUGCAUUUAUUUUUGGCUUGCAAAUGAAACUGUUCAUAAACGGUGUACAAAUCGUAUGUAGCCAAAGUUUACAUAUUUGUCUUGAUGGGUUGGAGAUAUGAACUCCUCACCCUCUUCUUAGGGAUACACAUAGGGGUUGUGAGUCUCUCUUAGGGUGUUCUAUAUCAGGGUUUGAAGGCCUUUUUUCAUCUAAAUAGGUUCAGCAGGUUUUUAGGGACAUUCUUGAUCAAGUUUGACUAUGAAUAUACAACUUGAAUUAAAUUUUUUAGCAAAAUACUUACUUAAGAGGUGCCUAUCAUCCCAGUAUUUCUCUACGGGUGCCAGGGUUUGUACAGUUAUUGUUUUCAGGUCUGAUUCAGACCUUUUGUGACUGUAAAACUAUGAAACUGCUGAUUUUUCUGUAUUUUUUAGUUUGGCAACGCACCUUCUUCUGAAAGAUUCUUCCUACAAUGAAUAAUAUUGACGAAUGUUGCACUUUUCCAUCUUAAAAAAAAACAUAUUUUCCCACGCUUCAAGAGCUCUCAUAUGACUUUGACCAUCUAGACUGUGAUGUGUAAGGGUAUGUAGAAGUCUUUCUCAUGUGAUUUAUUACUUGUCUUCUUUUACUUACCAACAGAAAAGUCUUGUGGCCAAAGUUCAGAGAAGAGAAAUGCCAGACAUGGGAAUGCUGUUCCUCAACAUCAAAGUUCGUCGCUCGAACUUGAUUUCUGAUUCGCUGAAUGAGGUAGAAUUUUCCAACACAACAAGUAAAUCUAGGGAAUUCAUUUAAUUCAGCUAACAACUAUUUAUUUGUACCAAGUAAUUGCACAUGUAGAUAGAAACAUGUACUUUUAUUUGUUGACUGUUCUGCGUAUAGAAUUGUUUCUGCGUUAACACUUACCAAUCAUUACAAUGUUUUCCCAAUGUCUUAGAUUUCCAGAAAGCAAAGAGACUUGAAAAAGAAGCUGAAAGUCACAUUUGCAGGAGAGCCAGGGCUGGAUAUGGGUGGGCUAACAAAAGAGUGGUUCCUUCUGCUCAUUAGAAGAAUCUUCAGACCAGAAUAUGGUAACGAUAUCAGCGUUUCUCUUCUUCUUUCGUCUCUCGAUUUGUUCAUUCCCUGUUCUCCGUAGUUUGAAUUCUCUCGCUUGAGAUUUCCCGCCACUUAUGUUUUACGCACCCAAAUCUCUGGCACUAAGAAGUUUCACAGCUAACUAUUCCUUUCCAUGUUAUUUUAAUCAUUAAAGAACCAAUCAGACUACUCCAAUCCAGUCCUUUCUUGCAUGCAAUUUUUGUGUUCAUUCUCUUGUGUCUUAUUUUACGGUGCCUUUAUUAAAAUACGAACUCUUGGGUUCGAGCUAAGCUUGUAAUUCUGUUUCUUGCUUCCUUAAAUCACCAUCGCAACGGACACAUAACACUAGAUACAAAAGAAAUGAAUCGAAAGACUGUACAGCAAUCACUACUUAGGACAUGACCUUUCAAGCCCUCUGUGGUGACAUACUUAUUUCCCGAGAGGUUCGCAACUUGAUCGACAACAACGGCUUUUCAAUCAUCCACCUCCAACUUUAUUCAGUAGCUCGUUCAUUUACGUUACAAAGAAGUACCAAAGAAUGUAUGGAAUUAAAUAUAUAAAGCAACAGAGAGCGACACUGAACAGACCAGUACCUAUCAGUGAAGUGCCCCUUUGUUGCAAUUCUUGCUGCCUUCAUUCACUCUAUUAUCUAUUUCAUUGCUAUAGGUAUGUUUACUUAUAAUGAAAAGUCAAGAACCUACUGGUUUAGUAAAACAUGUGUGGACAAUGAUUCUGAAUUCAACUUGGUCGGUGUCGUAUCCUUUUUAGACUAAUUCCUGUAAGGUUUAAUAAUGAACUGGUAUUUUCUUAAUAUAUUUGGUGAAGUUUACAUGCAUGUGUUUCAGUAAAGAACCAGACUGUUUUUGUGGUUUGCAUUCUUGACAUUAAUUGUUGCAAUAGCUGAUGGGAUUAGCGGUGUAUAACAGCAUUAUUCUGGACAUAAGAUUUCCUCCUUGUUGUUACAAGAAGCUGCUGAGUCCAGCUGUAGUUCCUUUUCACAAUCCUAACGCCACAGUUGGCAUCGCUCCAUUAGGACUUCAGGAUCUUAUGGAAACAAUGCCAGUAAGUUAUAAAAUAAAAACGUUGCAUCAUCAAACUUUGCAAACUGGAAAUUUUUAUUUAGUGACUUUUUUCGGUUGAUUUUUGCGUCGCGAAAAUUUCUUUAGUUAAGGGCAAGAUGGUAUUACAUGAGAGGAAUCAUUUUUUCAAGAAUAGCUAAGAAGUGGAAAGAUUGAUACAGAUUGGAAACGACCCGUUUGAAAAAGAAGGCAUAACCUGUCAAGGUUUGCAAAUCACAGGCUAGCUGUAAACUCCAGCAACGAAAAAAAUACGCAAGAAGACGUACAUUUCCACGUAAUAAAGAUUUAAAUCUUUAACAUGUGUUGAAAGAAGUGUGGGGGAACUACGGCCAUGUGAUUUGACGACACUCAAUCGUAAAUAAUUAGUUCUCAUUGUCUCUUUUUCGGUGUCUGCCUUGUUUCUGUUGUAUGUGCAUAUGUUUUUAUUUGAUGACACUCAAUCGAAAUUGCCAUUUCGUGUUUAUUUUGUAGGAUCUUGGUCGAGGCUUGAAGGAACUUCUGGAAUAUGAAGGUGACGUGGAAGAAGAUCUUUGUCAAACAUUCCAGGUUAGUUGAGACACUAUCGAUCAGGAUAACAGGUUCUGGAGUUACAUAGAGAGAACAAAGCGGUGAUACACAAUUGCGAUAGGCACAUAAAGGGGGAAAGAUGCUUUAAGAAAAGAAACUGUUUGCUUAAAGACGAUGAGGCAAAAUCGUCUAAGGGGAUAGCAAAUCUGGGGAAUUCAUUCUAAAGCUUGUAAAUGAUGAAAUGCCAAUGCAAAAGUUAAUACAUAAUGAUAUGGACAAUUAAAGUUUACUUGAUUAUGUAUUGAAAAGACAGUGAGAUCUACGAGAAACACCUACAUGUAAGAAAUGAGUAGAAAGUCGAAUAAAAUGUUAAAAAGAAAAUCACUUUGAAGAUAAAUAGACGUGACAGAUUCUCUUCUUACUUGUCUUCUUUAACAUACUUAUGAGCCCUUGCUUGUAAUCAUCUUCAGCUUUCUUUGGCUAGACUUUUGACGAUGGCUGCUUCAUUUGCAGAUUUCUUACACUGUAUUUGGUGAAGUUAUAACCCAUAACCUCAAGCCAAAAGGUGACAAAAUCCCCGUUACUAAAGAAAACAGACAAGGUACAUGUAUAAACCGUACGUAGUAUGUUAACUGUAAUUCUUAUUUCAUCGACCAACCAGGGGCCUCUCUUGCCUCAGCACAGAAGGGUUUCUUCAACAAUGUCAAAUUACCUUGUGUCGCAUAGUAGUAAUUAAAAUUGUAUUCCCCAUUGAUGACCAAAAGUACUAUGCGUUUGAUCAAUCAAAGUCGCGCGCAAGUUGGUGUGUUCGAAAGUAUAUCUGAGCAAGGUUUCAGAAUUCCAAUAUGUUGGGCAUUUCGUGUGUAUAAAAAUGGAACAUUUUUUGCAUGGAGAUCAUGCUGUAGGUUGAAGUGAAAGGCUAUUGACGUCCGCGCAGUGUGUUAGUACAGUCGAAAAGCUGAUAUCAGUGUACGUUCAUCCCAACUCGAAUAGGGUGUAGUGCAUGUUAAAGCUUACAGUGAGAACGUCUUUCUUUUUUUCAGAAUACGUGAAUCUUUACGUGGAUUAUCUGUUAAACAAGUCCAUCUACCAACAGUUUGCCUCCUUCUAUCAUGGUUUCCACAGUGUCUGUGCUUCAAACGCCCUCAUUGUUAGUAUAUCAAUUGUUCGUUUCCUCUUACAUUUGUUCCACUGUGCAGCUUUUUAGUCAGAUGAAGUACUCAAAUGUGUAAACUGUCUGCGCUCUGUGACCAAAAAAAAAACAAAAAAACAGGCAAACCAGGUCCAAUGGUUUGAUCUCGCUUUAUUCAGAAUAUUAAACAUGGUGACGAUUUCGGUAAGCAGGUUUUCAAGCCUGAAGGUUAAGUUAUGGAAGUUUCAUUAACUCAAAAUCACUUUUAGUUGAUAACAUGGUAGUUUUCUUUGAAACUAACUUGUUCCAAUGGAGAUUCAACAUAAACUGACGCGCAUGUAUUUUGCGGCUGUGAUCUUAGAUGUUACGUUCAGAGGAAGUGGAGAUGUUAGUCUGUGGAAACCCUGAACUUGACAUGGAUGCUCUAAGAAAAGUAACUGUCUAUGAUGGCUACACCAAGAAUGAUUCCGUCGUUAGGUAUGUAAAGGACAACUGACACAAUUCAUUCGUCAGCUCACGUUUCGAGCGUUAGCCCUUCGCCAAUCGCAGUGACGAAGGGCUAACGUACGAAACGUCACCUUUUAAACUCUUAACGGUGGCUAAUUUACGUUAUCAACGCAUUUGAUAAAAGUAAAUUACCCUGUUGUACUCUCCCAUCGACGCAGCACCACAUUUUUUUAAGAGACUUACCCCCUUAUUUAUUUGUAGUAGAGAUGAUGUCUGGCAGGCAGACAGAUAGACAGCUUAAAUACAGGCAGAGUAACAAAUUUAGACCAAGGCAGUCAUCAGGCAAAAGGAUGGUUAACUCUUAGAUCUAGAGGUUGCCAAAUCUUCUGCGACAGUCUGUCUCAUUCCCUUCAAUCUUUAGGUAUUUCUGGGACGUAGUUCUGUCCUUUUCUUUGGAGCUGAAGAAAAAACUUCUGCUAUUUGCAACCGGAAGUGACCGUGUACCGAUCGGUGGGAUGGGCGAAAUGGAAUUCAAGAUAAUCCGUAUGGAAGUAGCCCACAGCACCAGCAUGUGAGUCAAUCUACACUGAAACAUCAGUUGCGAACUAAGUUCUAAAGAGCGCAUUCGACUUUUGUUGAAAAACCGGAAUAAACGCAACGGUUUCUCAGAGUAGAGGAAAUAUCAGAAUGAGCCGAUGAGAACUCAAUUUAAUACUUGUGUGGGAACUCCCUGAAGCGAAAGAAAAACGUAAAUGAAAUAGCUUUAAUCUUGCAUCCAGUUGGUUUAGAGCAUAGAACGUGUUUUAAAGACCAAUCGUGAGCGAAUAAAGCAACCCGAUGCAUUCCAGGAUCACAGGCAAAUAAAAACUACAUGAAAAUUUCGUCUGCAGUACUAGACUUCAAGCGUCGCAUAUCUUUCAUAGAAAAAACAAAUAGUGACUGAUUUACGCGUGUCUAACGAUUACAUUUGAUUCUUUCUUUGUAGGUUGCCAAUGUCUCACACCUGCUUCAACCAGCUUAUUCUUCCUCCAUAUAAGAACCGAAAGACCCUGAAGCAAAAACUCACUAUUGCUAUUUCUAAUGCAGAGGGCUUCGGAAUCGAGUAGAGAUCAAAAUGGAAGGACUUUGUGAACGUCUCAUUCUUCGCUUACCAUCAGUAGUUAUCCAAUCCCGCAAAGCCGGACUUGGGCGGGAACAGCUCACGAGACACACAGCGAUCUUGUCACCCUUAUAGGAAUGCAUGGACAUUUUAACAGUGUAAAACGUGUCAGAAGAAUAUUCUUUUUCUAAUUCCAACUUCAAUCAGCGGGACUAAUCUUAAUGUAACACACUAAGGGUUAUGUAUUGAUUUGUUUACUUUAUUUCAAAAUUUCCGAUUGCUGUGAUAUUUCCCUUCUUAAAAAAAGAGGACCCAACCGUUUGGUUUGGCUGACAAUUUCAUGCUUUUGCUGUGAUCGGUAAGGAAGGAAACGUUUUCAAUGAAUUGGUUUUAGUGGAUCAUCGCGCAACAUCAGAGUCGAUUAAAACAUCAGUAUUUGACGAUUCUCUAAUCUAUAAUGUACAGUCUCGGCCAAAAUAGUGAUCUGACCUCAUUUGCAGAGUUGUGGCGUCUUCCAAAGGUUGUGAUAUUUGGUAAUUGUUUUGCAUUGACUUCUUCAAACGCGUUAAUGAUUAAUUUUUCCUAAGACUUAAUUGUUAAGUAAUUUGUUUUUAAAAGUGUACAGGUAUGACAGUUGUAAACAGUGUAUAUACCUAGUCUUCAUAUUGAGAUAACGUUUUAUCAAAAGGACAAUUUGUUUCAACGAGUGAAUAGAUGUUUUGAAUAGUACUUUCUGUUGACAAGGGCUCUUGGUAUUCUGGUCACUUUCUUUUAGGAAGUGAAGUAAAACAUUUCAAGCGUAUUUGAUCCUAAAUCAUUUCCCGAAAAUUCAUUUGGAAAGGAAACAAUAAAGAGUGCUUGCUUGUUAAAUUGUGACCGUGGUGAGUAAAAAGCAGAAUGUCUCAGUUACGAAUGCUAGCUGCUUUCGAAGAUGACGUGACUCUUGAAACAUGCCUAUGAGCAAUUCUCACUCUCCCGCAAUAAUGUUGUUAAUAUCUGCAAAAGAUUGGUGUGUAGCUCAGGG